GUUCGGGCGGCUUACCAUUAUCAAUUGCAUCAUGGGAUUUUGUAAAUAAACUCACUUUCAGUUUUGAUAUCAGGAAGUUGGAGUGAAGACUAAACCAUUGAUGUUGCUAUUUUUUCCGAUAUUGUGAGCUGGACAUAUAAACCAUUGCUUGCGACAUAAAGAGACCAUGGAUGGCACAGAUGGUGUUGAGAUACCAGAUCUUGCAGCCAGUUUACACAUAUUCUCAGAUGAUCUAGCAUUGGAAUCCACUACAUGUCUAUCAGGGGAGGCCAGAGGAGAGCGGUUAAAUGGUGUGAUGGUGACUACAGAGAACAUGGGUGUGGAUGAGGAGGAGAGCCUGUUGAAAUACUCCACCACCCUCACGAAUAGGCAGCGUGGGAACGAGGUCACAGUCAGACCAGCUACUUUAGACAUUCUGUCCAUCCACCAGCUAGCUGCCCAGGGGGAGGUCUUACAGGUGGCCACACACCUGAGCAAAGACAGUUCAUUAUUAAACCGCCAGGAUGAACGGGGCUUAACUCCUCUCAUGUGGGCAGCAGCGUUUGGAGAGAAAGCCAUGGUGGAUUUCCUCCUGGAAAACGGGGCAGAUCCGAGUACGAUAGCAUGGGAACGGGAGAGUGCCUUGACCCUGGCGAGCUCAGGAGGCUAUGCAGUCAUAGUGAAACGUCUUCUUGAACAUGGAGUAGAUAUCAAUGCUUAUGACUGGAAUGGUGGUACUCCUCUCCUUUACGCUGUUAGAGGGAACCAUGUAAGGUGUGCUGAGGCCCUCUUAGAUAAAGGGGCAGACAUGAACAUUGAGGCAGAUUCUGGGUAUAGUCCAAUGGCCUUAGCUGUUGCCCUCGGACACAAACAAGUCCAAAAGGUGUUAGAGGACCAUAUUCUGAAACUCCUGAAGAAAAAAGCAUGACACCAGCUAAGGGUACCAGGAUGUGGUUAGAGAGGACGUUGUGCUGAACAGAGGAUCACCUGCUGGCAUCAGUGGUGAGGUGGUUGACCAAAACACUGAAGCCACAAAAGGCGGUUGGUAGUGAAGACACUUGGAACGGAAGCUCCAACGUUAAGGGACACUGUGGUUCUUAUCUUGUACAUUUAUUCAACAUGUUUUUUAUAUUAUGGAAAUGCUUAUUUCUUUUUUUUGGGGGGGGGGGGGGGGGGGGUCAAACUAUCUUUAAAUAUAUAUUUAAAAAAACUGGAGGUUUUGCACCAAUGGAUAGUAAACAAAUGUUCAAAAACAAAAUGCAUUUUACGACGUUCAUUUGGAAUGGGAAAUCAAAUGCACAGCACAAGCAUUUGAAUAUGUAGGUGGUUUCGUGACCUUAAAGCCUGGAAAGCUGCAAUAAAAUCCAGAUUCUUUGUCUGAACCAAAUCC